AAAAAGAUGUUUCUUUGCUAUGAUACGGUGUUACAAGUGAUCGUAGAAAUCAAAAACGUGAGAUCAAAACUACGGGCCUGCGGCUAUAGACCAUUUAUUAUUGGUGUAAUUGGUUAUUAUUUACCAAAUGGCAUUCUAUUCCGUGUGUACGUGGACUAUAAUUAUGUUGUAUCCGGUGCUAUGGCGGUGACUCAAGACAAGAUAUUAAUAAGGAAGGGAUGUUUCGGAGCCACACUAUGUAGAUUUCUUAGCUCAGCAGAAAUCUCCACAGCAUUGAGGCCAUUUUAUUUUAGUGUUCAUCCAGAUCUUUUUGGAAAAUAUCCAGAGCAAAGGAAAACUAAUGAAAACUCUUUACAACAGUUAAGUGCUUUAAUAGAGGCCCAACAGUCUAGUCGAACCAUGUCAAUACCUGCACUACAUUUUUAUUUAAGACAAAAGGAUAUGCCAGAAGGACAAUUUAAAUUUGUAAAAAUCAACUUAAAUGGAAAUAAUGUGAGAGAAACAGUGGUCAGAGUGUUAAGUGCAUGUGAUAUAUCAACAAAUUAUGUUGACAAAAUACCUGUAAGCAAUAUGAAGCCAGAAUUUAGCAAAUCUGAUUUUAAUAAAGCGUACCAAGAAUAUAAUGACGAAUUUCAAAAUGCUACUCGAAUGAAAAGAAAAGUAGAAGAAAGAAAAGUUAUUAACAAUGUAAUAAGUUGGAUUCAUGAAAAUAGUAAUUUAGCUAAAGAGAAGUAUGAAUCUACAAAAGCAACGAGAGAUCAUGUGAAAUCAUUGACAGAGGAUCUAUGCAAAACUUAUGGUAUUAAGGAAGUUAAAUAUGACAGUGGUUGGAAUAUAAGCCACAUAAGGGGAGCUCUACAGAGCCUUGUGUCACUCGCUUCACAACAUUCAAAAGAUAUGGUUAAUCUAAAAGGUAGAACAAUAGCAUUGGGCCAAUUUACCGGAGUAAGCUUGGAUGGUGAUGUAUUUCUUAAUAUUAUUGAUGUAAGGAAUGAAUGGUUAUCGUUAAUUAAAAAGGUUAGUCAAGAAGAUGGUGCGUUAAGUCAAAUACCGAAUUACGAGAAAGCUCUGUCUAGAAUAUUGAGGGAUAUUCACAUAUGUAGAAGAAAGUUCAUGCCCAAAGUGUCAGCAACUCAGUACUGUAACCAUUUGCGACAGCUGAUCACAUCUAUAGGAGACUUCUACGGACAUGGAAAGAAGUUUCCAGCAUCAGUACCAGAAUCUCUUAGUAAAUACGAAAUUGUUGUAGAGCCUGAAGCAGGUCCGCUAAUGGUGUCACCGACGGGUCAGUUCAUAACACCGUCGUCGUGUCCCGCGGACGAGCUGGUGGCCUUCAUGGCGGAACAUCUCGAUGAGGCCAUGUUGCUGCUCACUGAAUACAGCAUUAACAAGCACGUGGAGCGCGCGCUGCACGUGGAGGUGACGGAGCGCUUCGGGCUGCUGCAGCUGCUCAAGGACGACAGCAUCACGCCCGCGCUCAUGAUCCUGUGCUGCCAGCGGCUGCUCACCAGGAUUGACAAACUUAACACUAAGCUGCGCGGGAAUAUUCUGUACGUGACACAUUAUUAUUCAGUAUUGUCAGAGGGCAUCUUAUGUAUACCGUGGGACUUCAAAUGAAACAGAAUAAUCCUCCGAAUUAGUAAAUUACAUCAAUAUCCAUAAAGUAUAAGGUAAAUAGUUUUAGACUUUUAAAGCUUUCAUUCCUCCACUAAUAUAGUAAUCUGAUUUUAUUUUUUAGAAUGUAUAAAAUGUUGUUCUGUGAUAUUGAUCAAGUUUUAUUGUUAAAGUAAAGAUAUUCCAGAGGUUCCCAACCUUUUGCACUUAGAUAUAGACAUUUAAUAUUGUUCCCUAAACAAUUGUAUCUAAGAAACUUUACAAAACUCUCAAAAAAUUAGAUCAAGUGGAACAAUUGAAUUUCUUUAGCAAUUUGAGAAAAUAGUUUAUAGUUAAUCCAAAAGAACAAUGUUAUGAAAUAGUUCUUAUAUAUUUUUUUAAUCACAGAUUUACUGUUUUCAUUACCGACCAGUAAUUUGCAAUUUAAAUAUGACUAUGGAAUA